AUCUAACUGCUCUCUAUUCUGAUAUGCUCUAGGCUCUAAGUCUAAUCAGUCAAAGUAAUCAUUAUGACAGUAAUCACUUUUCUAGUAGUGGUAAUCACUAAUCAGUAAUCAAUUCUUUGAUCCCGAUUCACGAUGCUGUUUUAUUACUGAUUAUAUUACUGUUUGUGUGAUCUCUCGGUCAAGUUUCAACCACAGGCAGAAACUAAAAUACAUGGAAAGUUUACCUUAAAUGCAAGGUAAAAAGCGCCAUCACAUGUAGUUGAUAAAAUAACCUGGAGCAUCAGCCUUAGUGGAGUUAUUUGUUCACCCUAUUUUAUUUUGUGAUUUGAAGUGAGCUGAAUGCAAAGUGAGAUGAUUUUAUCAUUUUCACUUAAUACUCAAGAUGCUGUCCAAUAAACGUUUGGUAUUAGCAUGCGCCUUUCUGUUUUCCUGUAAUAUUGCUCUUAUAUCUGUAUAUUUUAAAUAUAAUAGUGGGGAAAAAUGCUAUAUCACAAUCGACCAACAUCAAGAUGUAAUAUCAUACCUACCAGAAAGCUUUUUAAGUAUAGGCAUAGAUGCCUCAGAGAUUCAAAAUUUUCACACAAUUGACUUCUCCAAAAAUAAAUUUCGAGAACUUGCAUCUGCACUUUCACCAGCAAGACUACGCCUUGGAGGUACCAUGUCAGAGAGACUAAUAUUCAGUUCAGAUGAUAAUACUGUGGCUACAUGUGACAGCUGCCCUAUUAGUCUUUCCAAAUCACUUUGCCAAAGUCUUAAAAGGAUAUGCAAACACAAGUUUUUACCAUUUUUUAUAAUGACAGGUGGGAAAUGGAAAGAAAUUAAUAACUUUUGUAAAGCAACUGGACUCAAAUUGCUCUUUAGCUUUAAUGUACUUCUUCGCAACGAGAAUGAAUGGAAUACUGAAAAUGCACAACAAAUAUUAGAAUAUUCAAAAGCUAAUGGAUUUGAUGUGGAUUGGCAACUUGGAAAUGAACCAAAUUCAUUUCGUCAUGUUUUUAAUAUAACAAUAACUCCACAGAUGUUGGCUCAUGAUUUCAAAAAGUUAAGACGACUUUUAAACCAUUCUGGAUAUAAACAUUCUCUUCUUGUUGGUCCUGAUACAACUCGGCCUCAAGAUCAUCAACCCAACUGCCUCAAGUACAUGGUUGAGUUUUUAGGAAAUAUGUCUCAUAUUAAUAUCAGAUCAUGGCACCAGUAUUACUUAGAUAGUAAAACAGCAACUUUAGCAGAUUUUUGGAACCCAGAUACAUUUAAUUUACUGAAGGUACAAAUCAAAACUAUGAAAGAUCAUACAAAAAAAUACAAUCAUAUUCCAAUGUGGCUGACAGAAACUAGCAGUUCUUAUGGUAGUGGUGCACCAGGAUUAUCAAACACAUUUGCUGGUACUCCAUUGUGGAUUGACAAACUAGGUCUUGCAGCUAAAAAUAAUAUCACAACAGUUAUAAGACAAAGUUUCUUUGGUGGCAAUUACAGUCUUGUUGAUCACAAUCUAGAGCCUUUACCAGAUUGGUGGGCCAGUGUACUGUACAAGAAAGUGGUUGGUAAUAAGGUUCUUCACAUAGACUGUCAUUGUUCUCGCUACCAAAGACUAUAUGCUCAUUGUGCAAACAGAAAAUAUACAAAUGAUACAAGUGCUGUAACUGUAUAUGGUGUCAAUUUACAAAUGAAAAAAGCUCGAUUUCUUUUGAAUGGAACUGCAUUACAUGGAGAUAAUUUAAUUAUUGACGAAUUUAUCAUUCGUGCACCAUCUAACAAUAGAAGGAGUAAGACUAUAUUAUUAAAUGGUUGGCCACUGCUUUAUGAAUCUCCAUUGCCAGAUUUCACACCUAAUCAACAUCUUUAUGGCAACCAUAUUUCUAUGCCACCCUAUUCAGUGGGAUUUUGGGUAAUAAAAAAUACAUCUGUUAAUGUAUACUCAUCAGAGGUGCCUAAUGUAAGACUGAUAAGAUAAUGUCAUUACCCAGUUGUGCCUGAUCUAAAGAAUGUGUGCUAUAUAUAAAUAUAUAUUAUUGCCUUUUUUAGCUUUAUGUCUGUUUUUGAAAAUGUAAUAUUAUAAUUAUUAAUGUAAAGAUGGCUUAAUGAAUUGACAAUUCAUAAAGCCAUUGUGGUAGAUAAUAAAAGAACAAAAUAAUAUAGCUUGAGCUAUUUUCAAUAUCAGCAGCUUCAAAACUACUGUUUAUUGCUUAUUUAUAACAUGUUGGUGUUGUUAUUUAGACUGGUUGUGCUACCACAUAGUGUGUAAUCUUGCAAUAUACUUCUCCAUGAAAUGCCCAAUGUCAAAUUCAUUGUUUAAGGGAGUUUGUUGUUAAAUUAACUUUUAACUUAAAACAGGCUUUAAUUGGCCCAUUCAAGAUUAUUUAGAGGCAGUUUAAUCUCAGUGCUAGACUUCUAAUUUCUAUUCUUGUGUUUAUAUUUUUUCAUUCUAAGCUAGGCGGUGUAAUUGUAUAAUAACUUAUACCUAAUAGCCGCUCCUGAGAAAUACCUACUUAAUAUUAGAUGUCUAAUUAUAUUAUCUUAGUGAUUAGUUUGUAAGUAACUCUUAAGUUCCUAGGUUGUAGCAAUAUUCACCUCUAGUAUGAGUUAUGAAAGGUUUUUUUAUAUGUAUUUAAAUGUCCAGAGCUGUAAUUGGAAAUAUCCGCAAAAUAAGAAGUUAUCAUUAACUUAUUAAACUCUCAUACUAGAGGAAAUGCCAUUGAAUGCCUUCUUAAGUAAGAUGCUUGUUUAUUGACAGAUUGUCUUAGCAACUUAAUGCAUUUAAUAUGAUGAAUACUUACAUAAAAUAUAUUUUGCUAUUUUUAUAUUCUAGCUGGAUCUUGGUUUAGUUUACUAUAAAUAUAGAUAGUUUAUUAUUUAAA